AUGGACAGGACAGAAGGACAGACAGAAAGAGAGGAGGACAGAUGGACAGACAGACAAGGACAGACUGACAGACAAACAGAAGGACAGAAAAAAACAGAAAGACGGACAGAAAGACAGAAGGACAGGCUGACAGAAAGAUGGAAAAAAGGACAGAAAGACAAGGACAGAUGGACAAAAGAACAGACAGACAGAGAAGGACAGAAAGAAAGACAGAAGGACAGACAAAGACAGACCGACAGAAUGCAGCAACAGCCGCUGCAGGAAUACAUGGGGACCCACUCUGAUUCCAUCCAUAGUGCUACAAGUCAACCGAGCAAACUGUCAGUGCAACACAAACUGGAAGAACUGAUACCUGUUCUAACAUGA